UCUAGUGUCCGGCAUAUGUAGUUGCUCUUCCGUCAUCCAAUUCAUGGAGCUGUGCUCCGAGGCUGUAGCUACCAUGAUAUUUAUAAUAUUCUUAAUUUAUUGUGCUCCCUUAGGUACCGGUUUUGAGAUAAAAUCUAUUUUUUGUUCAAUAUCUGAGAGCUGCGACUGUGACUACAAACCAGACAUAAAAGGUUUAGAGUGGGAUCUUUAUAAAAACGUUUAUGGUCAGCAUAUGGUUCAGGACAUUGUCUCGGAAGCAGUGGUGAAAUUUUUACAGAAUGAAAACCCAGACAGACCACUAGUGCUGUCUUUCCAUGGAGCAUCUGGGACUGGAAAAAGUCUGGUCAGCUCUAUGAUUGGACGACAUAUCUAUGGAACGGCCAUGGGCAGUCCGUACAUCCAUCAGUUUGUUCCCACAUUACACUUUCCCUUAGCCAACCGGGUGCAACAAUACAGGUCUGAUCUAAAACGUUGGGUCGAGAGAAACCUAACCGCUUGUGCUCGCUCAAUCUUUAUCUUCGAUGAGAUGGAGAAAAUGCCUCCUGGUGUGAUUGACGUUUUAGAACCGCAUUUAGGCCCCUUUCAUGUUCUGUUCCAGACAAACUACCGUAAGGCGAUUUAUAUAUUUAUCAGUACUGUAGGUCAGGAGGUAGUUAACAAACUUGCGCUGGAGAGUCGACAGGCAGGUAGAGAUCGAGAGGAAAUUCGCCCUGAUGAGCUGGAGGAAAGUAUUGCUGAUGCCGUGUACAACAACAAGGACAGUGGGUUCUACCACUCCAGAAUAAUUACAGAAAAGCUUAUCACUCGUUUUGUGCCUUUCCUUCCCUUGCUUCGGCGACACGUGGAGCGCUGUGCCCAGCGGGAGCUUUGCCAGCGUGGGGAGUGUGAGCGUGCAGAUGUGGCAUCAUCAGUAGGUGGCGCCAUGACUUACACACCAAAUGACAGCCAAUAUUUCUCCAGCACUGGCUGCAAAUUGGUACCAGCUAAAGUUAACCUGUUCCUUUGAGUGCCAAAGGUAGAUCUCUUUAGGACCUUUACAGCACAAAGCCUUUCGGGAAGCCAACUGAAUUUGGGAUUUUGAGACAUUCUUUCAGUUGUAUGUUUCAGCCAUGUGGAUGAGUUCUGAUGAAGAAUGUACAUGAUUUGAUAAACAUCUCAGGUUUUUGCAGUUUUUAAUCAAGCAAGAAUAAGCCAGUUGCUAGUUAAUACAAAGGCAAAUUCACAGAGCCGACCUCUGUUAUACUUCAGAGCUCUCUGGGCCACUGAAACAACCUACAAAACACUCAUUUUCUGUGUGGAGUUCAUUACAAAUCAAGUGCUCUCUGAACUUUAGUGAUUAUUUAUUUUAUCAUGGGGUGACAAUGAAACUAAUUGCUGUAUUUCUUAUGCUGACCACAGGGUGGCAGCAGUGCCUAUUUGAAGCAGGGUUUUUUUUGUCCCACAAUACAUUUAUUUUUUAUUUUUUUCCAUUUUUAAAAAAUUCUUAUUAAAUAUGUAAAUGAUGUUGUUUAAACAGAUUAACUUGUUAAACUAGAGAAAUCAGAAAGUGGAAUCUAUCAGCUCUUUUUGUAUGAUGUACAUAAGGAUGUCUUAAAGUGACAGUUCACCCAAAAUGUAUUGUUUAUGAACCAUCAUUCCUUGUUACAGACUUGUAUGACUUUAUCUUUUUAUGUUGAACAUAAAAGAUGAUAUUUUGAGAAACGCCUCAGUGUUUUUUUGUUUUGUUUUUCAAUGGAUGUCAGUGGUAACCAAAACUGUUUCAUUCAACAAAAUUUUUUUUUUUUUUUUUUUGUAUUCAGCAGAAAGUCAUACAGGUUUGGAAUGAUGUGGGGGUGUCCCUUUAAGCAACCUUAAGACAUUAAAGCCACUGAGAAUUUUAUGUGGUAUGUUAAAAUAAUUCCAGAUGCAUUUUGUUCUCUUAUCUGAAAAGCCACAUUGUCUAAUUUGAUCUGAGGCAAAUUGCCAGAUUUUAAAUAUUACUUAAACUAUUAUUAAUAUUUGUUCUCUUUACUAUAUAAAACUCACUGAAUGGUUCUAACAAAGAACAACGGUUCCUUUAUUUAAUUUUAAACGCUAAAAUAUUUAAACAUGAAGUGCCCUGAAAUUCAGUGGAAUUGUGUUCAUAUCUAAUUCCAUUGUUGUUCAUUGUUUACAUUGUACAGUUAUUCUGCACAUUCAUUUAGAAUAGUCUGCCAUGAGAUGUAAAUAUGUUUUAAAGGAUUUAAAGCAUUUUCUUCAUGCAUCUUUCUAUUCAUUGAUCAACCAUCUUUUUCAGCUAUGUUAUUUUGUCUUUUUUAUUUAAUUGAAUACAUGUACAGUAAUACAAAAUGCAAAGAAGAAACACUUCAUCAAAAGCAAGGCAAUAAAAUCAACUUUCAUUUUUUUAA